AUGGGCGUCUUUGAGGCCAUUCGUGGUCGCGAUGAAGAUGGCAGGCUCACACGCACCUUGACCAACCCUCAAACCACCGGCCACGAGAGCAAGAAUGCCCAUGCGGAUACUACAUCUGCCGAUAUGACCCAAGAAAGCUCUCUGAAUGCAGAGAGUGAGAGUACUGAAAAUCAAAAUGGGGGCUCUUCCUACGGAAUCAACGGUAUUGACGAUGACGAGAAAGAAGCCGAUUUCAACCCCAACCAUGUAACGGAUCAAGCUGCUUUGGGCCAGCAAAAGGCUGAAGCAGCAGCUCUUGUCUGGAGUCGACCAGUUGUCUUCAUGAUCUACGCUUGGAUAUGGGUUUGCUUUUUCAUGCUGGCAUUGCACUCAUCCAUCGGUAGCAAUCUUAUCAACUAUGUUUUUUCGGAUUUCUCAAUGGCACCUCAGGUUUCUACCUCAUACAUUCUUGCGACGAUAAUCGGUGGAGUUCUCAAACUGCCAUUGGCGAAGACCUUACAACUUUGGGGUCGUGCCGAGGCCCUGCUUUUUUCCACUACGAUUUACGUCAUCGGCAUGAUAAUUUUGGCAGCGAGUAAUGGUGCCACUGCAUUUGCAGCCGGAUAUGUGCUUUACUGGAUUGGAUACUACUGCAUCUAUCUGAUCUUGGAUAUCUUUGUUGCCGACACAUCUGGAAUGCGAUCUCGGGCCUUUGCCUUUGCAUUUGCUUCAACUCCAUUCAUAUGCACUGCAUUCACGGGUCCCCUCGCUGCCACAUCGAUCCGUGAAAAUUCGGGAUGGCGAUGGGGUUAUGGAAUGUUUUGCAUAAUUCAACCGUUUGUAUUUUGCCCCUUGGCAAUCGUUUUCAAGUUCUACGAGAGGAAAGCAAUUAAAAUGGGGGUCUGGGAUCGUCGAUCAAGUGGACGCACAACACUCCAGUCAAUCAUCCACUACAUUCAUGAAUUCGAUGGUGAGAGCCAAAACUCUUAUGAAAUUAUAUUCAAGCUAAUAUUAUCUAGUGAUUGCCUAGCUCAAUAUGGCCGUACGCAGUACAAAAGUGCUAGCUUUAUCGCAAUGGUGAUCAUCGGAGUUUGCAUGUUAUUCGUUUUUGCAGCAUGGGAGAGAUGGGGUGCUCGUACCCAUUUUGUUCGCUACGAGCUUCUGCGACAGCCUACCAUUAUCGGCGCAUGCGCUUGCUCCGCUAUCCUUUACUUCAGUUUCUAUCUAUGGGAUCAGUACUUUUUCAACUUCGUCUCGAUUACUUGGAAUCUCAAUUCAACUUUGACGGGCUAUGUUAACCAGAUCUACAACAUCGGUUCUUGCGCUUGGUCUCCGAUCCUCGGUUUGCUGAUCUGGUGGUGUCGACGAUUUAAGUACAUCUGCUUGUUUUUCGGUGCUCCGCUGAUGAUUCUCGGAUCUGGAUUGAUGAUAUACUUCCGUGGAGGAGAUCAUGGUAUUGGGUAUUUGAUUAUGUCUCAGAUAUUCAUUGCUGUUGCCGGUGGUACCAUGGUGAUCGGUGAGGAUAUGGCUGUGAUGGCUAGCGGUGGUCGCGAGGGCACUCCAAUCAUGCUGGCCCUGAUUGGGCUGUUUUCUAACCUCGGUGGAGCUCUUGGAUAUGCUGUCUGUGCGGCAAUCUACAACAAUGUCUUCGUGGAAGCUCUCAGAGACCAUCUGCCCGACGAUCUGAAGGCCAAUGCGACACAGAUCUACACCGGGGGCAUUGCUCUUCAAAGUACCUACCCCCUCGGCUCUCCACUCCGUGAUGCGGUCAUUUAUGCCUGGUCAUACUCCCAAAAGAUGAACUGCAUUGCUUCUACCUGCCUACUGGUUUUGCUUAUUCCAGCGGUGGCAAUGUGGAAGAAUUAUGACGUUGGCAAGAAGCAAAAUAAGGGCGUGAUGGCUUUCAAUUAG